AUGGCACAGAGAAUCUACUUCCUCGUCCACGGCCAAGUCCAAGGUGUGAGCUUCCGCUACUUCACGCAGAAGAAGGCCGCGGAACACAGCAUCACGGGAUGGUGUCGAAACACCGAUAAUGAAAAGGUCGAGGGCGAGGCCCAAGGAGAGGACAGCGCGAUGAAGGAAUUCCUGAAAGCGAUCAACCAAGGGCCAUCAGCUGCCAAGGUCAUGAAGCUGGAUCAAGAAGCCCGUGAUGUCAAGGAUGGCGAGUCUCGGUUCGAGGUCCGGUGA